UUGAAGGCACCUCACAGCCUCACGUCCGCCUUUCCAACAUCGGUCCUUGGUGGGGUUUCCUCAGUAAAAGGAGGCCUCAUUUUGCUCUCGGAUGUUCGGCCUUUUGUUCAGUGUCUUUGGCCAAAUCUGGGGGCAGCUACGCGGACUUGCCAUUCGAAUGACCUCAGUCCUUUCGAACAGCAGCAACCGAUUGGUGGACAUCCCGACUGAGUCUGCAGAGGAGAACCCCGUUUGCGAGGCCACCACUCACUUGCUGGAGGACCCGGAGAAAGAAGAAGCUGUGGACCCGAGCUGCAUCAACAACUGUGGGCGCGCUCCGGCAAAAGGAUUUGACACAUGCUGCAGGACUUGCAUCGCUACAAAUGGUGCCUCACAUGGACCUGUUUGUGAGGCCAAUGUCUCUGCUGACGAUAAGACCACAGCCGCGCCAACACCUGCGUGCAAAGAUACAGCAGUUUGGUGGGUGGAUUUGGGCACCUGGGUUCGCAUCGACAACGAGACGCAGGAGUUGAUCCGCGCCGCAAAAAGAGAAGGCCGAUCAGAGGUUCACUUCCAGGCGCGUGGGCAUCCCUACAUCAUUGACUUGAACUCCAUGACUCAGAUCAACUUGAAUACUCUCAUGCAACGCGACGUCAAAGAAACAGAAGAGGACGAACCUCCAGAAGAAGAACCAGAUGAUGAGGAGGAGGAAAGCGAAAGCGAAACGCCGGCCUGGCUGCGGCCACGCAGCUCAAAGCCGGAGCUUGCGCCUCCACCGGCACGAGACGCGCGUCUUGCUGCAUUGGUUGACUUGCUGCUGAGCAGCAACGUCCAGGUGCCUUUGCCUGCUGAAGCCAAAGAAGAGCCUGAGAAGUUAAAACAGGAGGAGGUGAAGAAGGUCUUCAAGGAGCACGUUCCGGGUGUUGAGAAGUUCCUCUUCAGGGAGAUGCACGGACAAUACUCCUUGAACUUCUUGGCUUCGGCCUAUCAAAAUGGCCUUCGUGCCUUCAACGGCACACCGAUGGACAACCACCUCAAGUGGCUUAUGCGCUCCAUUGUCCACUAUGGUCAUGAGAAGAAGCCCGGAGCCUCUCGAUACCUCAAAGAGGCGCGUGUGGUGGAAAGAGUGGGCUUAGAGCUCCUGGGAGUGAGUCAAGACUUUAGGGGUCUUGUCCGAGCAAUGGUGGGAGACUACAAGGUCAUGGCCAUUAAGAUGCUUGCAAUCGAUCAUUUGAGCCGUGGCGUUGUCAGCGAUGAUGGCAAUCCCACUCACUAUGAGAAUCGUUUGACUGCAGACCUUGGCAGCAUCCUGGGGCUCAACAAAGACGACAUCCGCAGAGCGGACUUGGACGAGCACGCCGGCAACAGGUUUCCCCGCCUGAGGGGAGACAACGCAAAGCAGGCAGCUCAGCGAUGUAAGGAGCUUUUCGAUGUUGAAGCCUUGGCCAGGACUUUGUGCAAUGAGGUGAACAGUUUCAGCGAGUCCACGUCGAAAGAUUCAUUGCCGGGUCAAUUUAUGAAGUGGGCAGAUGAGACCAUGACGCAGAAGCACUUGAUUUUUGAUGAAGACACCUGCACGAAAGUCGAGGUGGAGAUGCCUUUGGCCAUCGCAUUGCUGGAGGUGCUUUUCAGUGGAAAGCCUGGCAGUGAACUAGAUGAAGAGUACCGGGGUGUACAGAUCAAGGAGCUCUUCCAUCUGGAGAAGUGCGAGGUGAGCCAUGCAGAGAUCCCAAAGGAAGAAGAGAAAAAGCCUCCGGAACCCGGCUUAGACACUGUUCUUUUUGGAGUUUGGCAGUUCUCCGCUUUUUGGAAUUUUGACGGAUUCCGGAGUCGCAUGGCAACGUUGGCAUCUGAAAAAGGACGGAACGAACACGGCAACGAUGGCCUUCUUGUGUCGCAGGCUGCAAAGCCAAAGCCUGCGAAAGGACGAAGUCCCCCUGGAAAGAAGCUGAAGACGAAGAGGUAAGGGGCAAUCAUGCUUUAUGAAGAAGUGAGUUGCGCGAAGUGCAGCACACGCAACUGCGUGAGCUUGCUUUUCCACGCUCGUGUGGACUCCACACUGACUCACACACGAACUGGGCUCCAGACUGCUUGAAGCAGCCUAGCAACAUUGCCUCGUGGUUUUAACUACCAGUAGUUGCCCGCACUGAAUGGUGUGGACCGGGUGUGGACAGUCACUCAAUUCUGCAG